AUGUCCAAGGUUGAUAACAAGAGUAACAAGCGCAAGGGCGCAUCUGAGCCCAGCGUAACCACCAAGAAGGUCAAAACCACCACUGUCGAGAAGCCCGCACCAAAGUCGGCCCUCAAGAAGACCGAAACUACAACCACUACCACUACCAAGGCCAAGAAAGAAGUCAAGGAGGAUGCACCCGCUAGAGCCACCAGAUCAACGAGGAAGCGCGCCGAGGAUUUCCUAGAGCCAGAAGAGAAGCCCGCAAAGAAGACGACGACUGUCAAGCCCGAGAGCGCCUCAUCAAAGGUCUCGAAGACUAAGGCUAAAGCCAGCCCAAAGGCUGCUGUUGAAGAGGAGGAAAUCGUCCUUGCCAACGAGACAGACAGCGAGGCCGAGGCCGAAGAGGACGAUCAAACUGCUGCCCUGCUCGCUGGCUUUGAGAGCAGCGACGAUGAGAACGACCCACAAGACGAUGGCAUUGCUCUGGACAAGCUCCCCGCUGUGCCCAACAUGAAGGAGGUUCGCAAGCAACUGAAGGAUGCUCAGCAAGACGAGGAGAACACUCCCGGAGUCGUUUACAUUGGACGUUUGCCGCAUGGUUUCUUCGAGGCGCAAAUGCGCGAGUACUUCAGCCAAUUCGGCGAUAUCACCCACUUGAGAAUGGCACGCAACAAGCUUACUGGACGCUCAAAGCACUACGCUUUCAUCGAGUUCGGAUCCGCCGCAGUCGCAGAGAUUGUAGCCAAGACCAUGGACAAGUACUUGCUUUUCGGUCAUCUUCUGCAGGUCAGACGCAUUCCCGCCGAGCAGGUUCACGAAAAGUUGUGGAAGGGUGAGGGUGGAAGAUUCAAGGUCAUGCCGCGCAACAAGAUCGAAGGUGGUAUGUUGAAGAGAGGUACCACAAGAGAGGGUUGGGAGAAGAGAAUCGAGAGAGAGGCCGAGGCCAGAAACAAGAAGGCCGCACAGCUCAAGGAGUUGGGCUAUGACUUCGAGAUGCCCUCUACUCGCGAGGCCGAGGGUGCAGCUUUGCUUACUGGCGCCGAUGUGGCCGCAGUUCUGGACAAGCAGGAAGAGCAACCGGUAGUCAAGGAGACCAAGAAGGCAGCACCUGCGGAGAAGGCAGGCGCCAAACCAAAGAAGGCAAAGGUUUCGGCAUAG